AUGAGUGAGAACAAGCAGUCCGAAGACGUGGUGCCUCAAUUGGAAUUGUAUUCUUAUGCGUGGUCUCCAAGUUGUGCGGCUGACGUUCCGCUGGACACAUUUCUCUCCAAGUACAAACCUUCCCUUGUUCAAGACGACGGCACCAAACCGUGGAUAUGGGUACAAGGAUCUCAAGCUCCCCCAAAGGACUCCGGAGAAGAAAGUGCCAUUCAAGAAGCUAUUAAUCUGCUGAAAGAAGUCACGGAGAAAGUCGAGAAAAUCAAAAACGACAGCACAAUCCCAACUCGGUCGAACAAGAAAACUGGGGCAAAGAGCAAGAAAGAACUCCGGGAAGCAGAACAAGCAAAAGCCACUGAACGUUUGACAGAGAUAUCAACCCAGAAAGGUUAUGUCUCAGGGAAAUGGCUCAUCUUCGCUCCUCCUGAGAAAGUCGAUACUAUUUGGUCCGCAAUCGCCACAUCACUUGUAUCUGGACCAUUAUCUUCUACUUCUGCAUCCUUAGCGAAAGUGGCGACCUGCCCCAUAAGCGAGACCCCAAACUAUCAACACCUUUUGUGCAUCUACCUUCCAAAUGUGUACGAUAAAGCUGCGGUCACAGAGGUACGAGCGUCCCUUGGACUCGUCAAUUUUGGGCUCAGUGAUACCUACGUCAUGCGUGUCCUCCUCCGCAAUCACGGUAUGAACGUUCUAGGUGUCAAAGCAAACCUGUACACAGCCAUCGUAGGCUUAGACAGCAAGCAUCCAAGUGGAAUCCAGUCAACAGUCUGGAAGCCUAAUGCCCUCAUUGAAGCUUCUGAAGCAAAGGCCCUCAAAGACGCGUAUUUUGUCGAACUUGAGACCAAUAAAGCGGUUGAUAAGAUUGGCGACGAAGAGAGAGAAGGAAAUGUCAGGACAAAAGCGAAACCAAAACCAAGAUUGAAGUUGAGAAAGCAAGCGAAUAACAAUCCUUUUGCGUCCGACGACGACGAGAACGACGGCGGUGCUAAGGUUCAAAAGCCAGCUAGAAGAACAAAAGCCACCAAGAAGCGCACAACAUCCGCAAGCGAAGAUGAAGACGGUGAAAACGAUGAAAGUGACACAGGGCGCAAGACCAAGCGGGUGCGCUCUAAGUGA